AUGUCGAUGGGUGACAACGGCAUCCAUAAAAUCAAGCCUGUCACCACAGAUUUGGUCUGUCUGCAAACCAGGUCUCAAGUCAAAUUCUUGAACCCAAAGACAACACAACUUGCAUCAAUUGAAUGGCCAUAUGAUGUUCCUCUCAGCAAUUGUGAAACAGCAUUUGGAUUCGUGUACUGGCGUGUAGACAAACUAUCCUCUGAAAUAGUUACACCUCCAGAGUUGCUAGUCGUGUUUGACUACCACACUCAACAAUGCCAAACCAUAAACUGCCCUCCAUCUCCAAUCUUCUUUAACCCCACUGAUCCUUAUCAAAUGAAUCUUCAAGUGAAAAUAUUGGACUUCCAGGGGACUGUGUGUGUAAUAGCUGAGUACCACAUUACUCAGAAUCAUCACUGUCAGAUGUGGGCAUGGGAUCCAGAUACUUCCACAUGGGAUUGCAUGUUUGAGACCCAUGAAUUCCCAAAUGUGAACACACACGUUGCACACGGAUUACAGUUCCACCAUGAUUGGCUUUAUCCAAUGUUUCUAAGCCACAAAUCAUCUCCAGCGGGACAGUUCAUUGUCAAAGGAUACGAUAAUUGA